AUGUCUCUCUUAGACACCCUCUCUACCCGCCACCGCCUCUCAAUCUGGCACAUCUACCACAAAAGCGACUCGCACAUGACCAUAACGCCAUUUAUAAACGCAAAGAAAGAGUUCGGAUCCAAACACAAGGAAACCCCCGAACCAGCCAACGAAACAAACAGCUAUUUCGUACACCACCCGACACUACUAUUCCACAACGCACCGCGGACUCUCCGACGCGGGAACAGGAAAGAUGGGCCACCGAUCUGCAUACUGAAAUGCGGGGUCCUUUGGAGAAACUGGAUCUUGCAGUUUGGGGAUGUAUUGAAGGGUGUGCUUGAUCCUAGGGGUGUUGUUAGGUGGGAAUGUCGGAGUAAUCCUAAUAAUAUGAUGAAUGAUGAUCGCGCGUUGAAGGGGUAUAGAGUCCGUGGUUGGAGGGUUUGGGGGGAGAGUGGGAAGGUUUAUCAUCGGGAGGUUAAUGAGAGGAGGAGAAUGGAAAAGGAGAAGGGAAAGGGGGAGAGCAGAGCUGGUCCUGAAAUCGGACAUACGACGGACACCGCUGAAAGCGAGAAACAGCUGAAUCCGACUGAUAUCAAAGCUUCCCCUCCUUCAUACUCCGCUGCCUUGUCACCAAGACCACAACCGGCCGUUGCUGAAGAAGCAGUUCGCUUGAACUGGACUUCUCCCUUCUCCACGCAUCCGAGACGGUACGCCUUUGAGUACGCUAAUAUCGAGUUCAUCUGGGAAGGAACGAGGGACGUUUAUCCGGAUAAUAAAUGGGCGAAGAUAUUCAUGCCGUUCCAUCAUCUCAAGUUAAUUGCUAGAAUGCCCGGUUGGGGGAAUGGACGUCUUGUUGCGCAUUAUACGCCGAGUUUCGCGUGUCGGAAAUUCGGACAGCUUUGGGUUUUUGAUAAUGUUGUUUCUGAGCUGGAACAGAGUCUGAAUUCUUCUACUUUGGAGGAGGAGCGUGAUGUGAGGGAGACUCGAUUGUAUGAUCUGGUUAUGGCGACGGCUGUCUGUAUGAUACUUGGUGAGUGGCAGAAGAGAACGGUGCUCCUUGCGUUACUUGCUCUUGUGGCCGAGGGUGGUAAUGCAGGUUGA